UUUUUUCUGCGCGCACGGCUGGUCGGGGCUUGCUGUCACUGCGCGCUAAGAUGCUGGAGUGACUAUGGCUGCGCAAGUGGCAUCGGUUCCGACCAGAACUAAUAACAAAAACAAGAAAUUAUCCGGCGGUCUGGGUCCGGAGCUCAAUUCGGGGAAAUCCGAAAGAGGAGGGACCGCGCAGCGGAGUGGACCGAUGCUGGGCGCCGGCGARGGAACUCUGAAUAAUGUAGACCACCUCCGCCGAACCGAGCUCAGCAUGGUCCAUUCAACUUCCACGACUCACAUGGGCUCGGACGGCCACGACAAGGUCGGGAAUAACCUCGCGUCCAAUUCGAACGCCUCGCCGAUGGAGACGGGUCUGCUCGCGAACCACAAGCUGAAGUGCGCGGGCAGCGGAGAGCCCCCCCAGCCUCAGCCGGCGCAGCAGCCUCCGCAGUUCGGCCAGUUUGCGCCACAUCCGCAUCGACAGAUUCAAAGUAACAACAACAGCAACAACGGCCAGCCCCCCCGCGGGGACAGGAGCACGGACCACCAACACCACGGCGGGAAGGAGAACCUGUUGGGGGGGCAGGAGGACGCGCCGGGGAAAGGUGAAGGAGAGCUCACCUGUAAACCCGCGGAGAGGAUGAUGAGCUCCAGGUUUGAGCACUCGAACCUGGRCCCCCCGAACAACUCUGAGUUUAAUAACAACUAUUACCCUCCGAGGCCGUGCUAUGACCAACAUGGCGGGCAGCAGCAGCAAAGCAGUGGGAUGGGGGUYCACAACAACAUGGAGAACUCUCAUGAAGCCGGGUACCACAACAGCCAGUAUGGUCAGUACCCAGCAUACCGUGCGGGCUACAGCAGCGGGACCUACGGGAUGAUGGACCCSUCUGGGUGCAGACAGCCAGGUAACAUGAUGAUGGGCAGCAACUCCUCAGCAGCCCACGGCAAGGCCCCCCUGGGAGCUGCCUCGGGUGGAUUUCAGAGGUACCCGGGUCAAACCCAGCAGCAGCAGCAGCAUCCCUCAGGGGCCACGCCGACCCUCAACCAGCUGCUGACAUCCCCCAGCCCCAUGAUGCGGGGUUACGGAGGGGCCUAUCAAGACUACAGUGGCCCCACGCCUCAACAGCAAGCCGGCAUGGGCCUGGGGAAGGACGUGGGACCCCAAUACGGAGCCACCUCGGCCCACUGGGGAGGGCAGCAGAGGAGCCACCCUCUUUCACUGAACCCGGGGAACGGAGGGCAAGGCCUCAGCAGGGCGCAGGUGUCCUCCAUGGAUUUCAUGGCUAUGAAGCGCUCACAGAUGUACGGCAUGGCCAACAAUCCCUACUCCAACCCUCAACAACCCGGGGUCGGACCUUACCCCUCUAACCAGCCGUAUGCUUCGCCUCCUCCACAUCGAUAUCCAAUGAGCAUGCAGGGGAGGAGCCAAAUCGGCAUGGGAGGGAUGCAGUACCCUCAGCAGCAGGUGGCGCCGUAUGGCCAGCAGCCAAUGGGGAGCUUUAGCCAGCAGCAGCAGCAGCAGCAGGGGGGGCAACAGGGAACCCCUCCGUACUUCAGCUCCCCUCAGCAGACCCCCACAGGCCCAUCACAGAGUUCCUACCUGCAGCCUCGACCACCACCGCAACAGGAGGCCCAGCAGGAAAGCUACAAUAUCAGAGGACCAGCUCCGGGGAAUUCUGGGAAAACCAGUGAGGAUGGUGCACCCCAUGACCGCCCCUCCAGUCUGCCGGAUCUGUCGGGCUCAAUUGAUGACCUCCCCACUGGGACCGAGGCCGGUCUGGGCCCAGCCGCCGGCGCUGCCGGAUCCUCCAACAGCAGCAGCAACAGCAGCAGUAGCCAAGGGGAGCAGGGAGGCACUGGUAACCAGGGACAGUCCCCCUUUUCCCCUCACGCCUCCCCUCACCUCCCCAGCCAGAGGAGCGGGCCCUCUCCCUCCCCUGUGGUCUCCCCAGCGGGCUCCACUCAGUCCCAGCAGUCCCGAUCGGGCUCCGGGCCCAUUUCUCCUGCUAACAGCACRGCACCAGGUUCUACGGCGACCCCGCAGAACUCUGGAAACGGACCCGAUGGAGCCCACCUGCCAAUCACACGUUCACCUAUGGCUCAGGAGAGAGGUUUUGUAUCCGGCAUGCAGAGAAACCAGUCCGGCUCCCAGUUUGCAUCCCCACAGUCCGGACCYCCUAUGUCCCCCCACCCAUCCCCCGGGGGUUCAAUGUAUCCUGGUAUGGGURCAUACUCCCAGAGUGGCCCCGCAGGUCUUUAUGGACCUCAAGGACCCCAAUAUGGACACCAAGGUAACUACCCUCGACCCUCUAACUACAGCGGGGCGGUCAGUACCAGCUACAGCGGCCCCGGCCCCGGCAUGACCAACAGUCUGGGGAUGAACGCCACCAGCCCCAUGCACGGUCAGGGCCCCGGGCAGCCGAUAUCUGGAGGACGCAGCCUUGGCCCAGGCAGCCAAAGUCGCACAUACCCAUCCAUGGGUCCCAGUUCUCCCAGCAUACCACAGUCAGCGGGACCGGGGAUGGGUCCUCCAUCUUUGGGUAACUCGAACCGCAAGGCCCAGGAGGGAGUGGCAGCUGGAUUACCAGGAUCUGCUAACUCAGUCCACAACAGGCAGGGAAYCUACCAAGGCCUCGGCAUCAACCAGGGGAGCACCGUCUCCUACAGUCAGUCAACGAGCAACAACAGUUCAGCCACAGGGAACGGACAAGCUCCGGCCUACAACAUCCCUCCUUCAGGACUCUCAGGAGAUGGCGUAAUGAGCCCGGAUGGAAAACUAAAGUUAGACGUCAAAGACGAUGGCAGCAACAACAACGAGCCACACAAACCAAAGCAGCUUCAGGACAGCUACAUGAACAACAACAGCAGCAGCGUGUCCCAGCCGGCCACUCCGGGCGGCACCCUGCCCAUGCCCUCCCCGCUCUCCCCCAGCCCCGCCAGCCUCUCUUCAUACCACGGCGAUGACAGCGACAGCAUCAGCAGCCCACCUUGGCCUCUCAAGACCCCCUCCAGCCCUAAAGUCAACCCAAACUCCUCCGUCGGCGGCGGCGAGCGAGUCAGCCGGCUGUACGAGCUGGGAGCUGAGCCCGAGAGACGAGCUUGGGUGGAGCGCUACCUGACCUUCAUGGAGGAGCGGGGCACCCCUGUUUCUCAGCUUCCAACCAUGGGCAAGAAACCACUGGACCUGUGGAGGCUCUACAUGGCUGUUCGGGAGAUAGGAGGCCUCGCGAUGGUGAAUAAGAACAAGAAGUGGCGCGAGCUCUCCGGCACCCUGAACGUCGGCACGUCCAGCAGCUCGGCCAGCACGCUGAAGAAGCAGUACAUCCAGUUCCUGUUCGCCUACGAGUGUAAGAUGGAGAGAGGAGAGGAGCCGCCYGCAGACAGCAACAGUGGCAGCAGCGUGACCGAAGUGGACAACAGGAAGCAGGUCAAGAUCCAGCCGCCCUCACCUGGUACGCUUCUCUCUCUUUCUUCAUUCUUCUACAUUUUUUUUUUAUGGCUCGCUCGUCUGUCAGCAACAUGAACAAAUGCUGUUGAUCAAUUCAGACGUCUUACUUGAAAAUGAUUCAUCAUGAUUCAUGAAUUUAAACAAAUUCUCUAUAAUCUGAAACUCCAAACUCCUCAGUGACAUGAAGAAUGAGUCUUAAAGGAGACGUAUCCUGAUUUAAAUCUUUCUAUAUGAAGUGGAACUGCAAUGGUUUCAUCUGAAUUCCUCCUUAUUGUAACUCCACAAGCCCCUCUUUCACCCAUUUUCUGAGCCGCGUCUCAGAUCAACAUAUUUUGAGGCUGUCUCUUUAAAUCCAAAUGAGACGCUUCACACCCCACCCCUGUCUAGCUUCCAGACCAACCUGUUGUAGCUUCAUAGAGGGGUUUACGACUAAAUAGCUGCACAGAAACUUUUUAUUUGCAAAUGAAUUAAAAGAUGUCAACAACAGAAGACUUGUCCAUCCAGCCUUACAUGUUAGAGUCAGAGUUUGACCCAGAGCCUGAGGACAAUGAAGACCACCAAAUAGUAGUUGGUAAGUCCAGACCUUAUUUAGAAGUUCCCUCGCAAAUACUGUGAUGUAAUAGUUGAAUGAACGAGUUGAAAAGUACGACCCAAACAGAACAUAAAGAUAUCUUUGCAGCACUGGGAGAAAAUAAAUUUAACUUUUCUGCACUCCUACAGACUCCAAGUCCACAACAAAAUGGGUUUAGCAGCUAAAAAGUUGGAUUUUGCAUGAUAUGUCCCCUUUAAAUUAGAUUUAUUCUUCAGUUCAAGAUAAAAAUAGCAGGAAAUAAAACUGCACAAAUACAUUACCCCUAUUUAAAACCCAAGAGAAAAGAGUGAAAAUGAUCUGUUUUGAUGGGAUGAUUCAUAGUUUAAUAGAGGUGAAUUAUGUUCCAACCACUCCUUGCACUUCCAACCUGAGACUCGCCUUUAUUUGAUUACAGCGCGAGGAGGUUAAGUAAUAUUAUUUUGCAGCACAAAAGGUGCUUUUUGUUUGCGCGCCACUCGUUUCACACAUCUGCGCACUAUUAUGAAGUGAGGGAGCUUCGGUGCGAACGGAGAGGUAAGGUCGCGUCACUAAUUUGCAGAGGAGAUGAGGAAAGUGAACCUUGCUUUUAAACAGGACACCGGAGCUCCUCACCUACCUGAGACACUGCAGAUUGCUUUUCCUGGAGGGCGGAGGAGAGGGUCUGCCACGUGCACACAUACACAGAUGACACAGAUUUACAGAAAUCUCAUCUUCCAACUCUCUCGCAGCACAUUAUCAUUUAUAAUUCAGGCUCUUCUCGUCGAUUCAAGAGGAUCUAAGUUUCACUGAAUUUACACAGGAAGUUGCUAACGUGCCAGUCCAGUUCUCAACCUCAACUCUAAGCUGCURUUUGUGCAACACUUGAAGGAAGCCCCCCUGACAGAUCAGGCGGUCUGCAUACAGGAAGAACUAGGGCUGCACAAUAGAUCAACAAUAUAUCAUCAUCGCAAAAACAGCCUGUGCAAUAGGCAUAUCGCAAAAAACUGCAUCAACUGCAAUAAAUGUUUAACUCUGUUUACAUUAAUGCAUUUUGUCAGCAUCAGUCUGAGAAAUAAAGUUGACACCAUCAAAUCAGAACCACUUGUUGGACAACUGCACAGAAAGAAUUUGCGGUUGGAUUUUAAUUUGUUAAC